CUUCAGUCCAUGGAACUGCUAGCGUGCCGGUGAUCAGGAAGAAAAGAGGGCGUCUUUUGUAUCUGAGGUAGACUGUCGCCAUGCCGUCCGAUUUAGCCAAGAAGAAGGCGGCAAAGAAAAAAGAAGCCGCAAAAGCUCGUCAGCGCACAAAGAAACCCGAGGAUGUGAAUGGAGAGGGAGAGAAACCGGAGACCCAAGAGAACGGUGCAGCCGAGGUCAAUGGAGUGGCCAGCUUGACCAAGGAGCUUGAUGAGUUUGAGCUGAAGAAGACGGAGGCAAGGGCAGUGACUGGGGUGCUAGCGUCUCACCCCAACAGCACAGAUGUCCACAUCAGUAGCCUGUCACUCACUUUCCAUGGGCAGGAGCUGCUCAGUGACACAGACCUGGAGCUUAACUCUGGACGUCGAUACGGCCUCAUUGGCCUCAAUGGAACAGGCAAGUCCAUGCUGCUGUCAGCCAUCGGUCACAGGGAGGUGCCCAUUCCUGAGCACAUAGACAUAUACCACCUGACUCGCGAGAUGGCUCCCAGCGAGAAGACCGCCCUGCAGUGUGUCAUGGAGGUGGAUGAGGAGAGGAUCAAGUUGGAGAAGGAGGCAGAGAGGUUGGCGCAUGAAGACUCGGAGUGUGAGAAACUGAUGGAGCUGUAUGAGCGGUUGGAGGAGCUGGAUGCAGACAAAGCAGAGAUGCGUGCUUCUCGGAUCCUCCACGGCCUGGGUUUCACCACCGCCAUGCAGCAGAAGAAACUGAAGGACUUUAGCGGCGGCUGGAGGAUGCGCGUUGCCCUGGCCAGGGCACUGUUCCUCAAGCCCUUUAUGUUACUGUUGGAUGAGCCCACAAACCACCUGGACCUGGAUGCGUGUGUGUGGCUAGAGGAAGAGCUUAAACAAUUCAAACGAAUUUUGGUCCUGAUUUCACACUCUCAAGACUUCUUGAAUGGCGUUUGCACAAACAUCAUACACUUACACCAGCGCAAACUGAAAUACUACACGGGUAAUUAUGACCAGUAUGUGAAAACAAGAGCGGAGCUGGAGGAGAAUCAGAUGAAACGGUUUAACUGGGAGCAAGACCAGAUUGCACACAUGAAGAACUACAUUGCGCGGUUUGGCCACGGCUCUGCCAAGCUGGCCAGACAAGCUCAGAGCAAAGAGAAGACGCUGCAGAAGAUGGUUGCUUCAGGUUUGACUGAGCGUGUCGUCAAUGACAAGACCCUGUCAUUUUAUUUUCCUCCCUGUGGGAAGAUCCCCCCUCCUGUCAUCAUGGUUCAGAACGUUAGCUUUAGAUAUUCGGACGGAUUGCCUUACAUUUAUAAGGACCUGGAGUUUGGAAUUGACUUGGAUACCAGGGUGGCCCUUGUGGGGCCCAACGGGGCUGGAAAGUCUACACUGUUGAAACUCCUCACUGGAGAGCUCCUUCCUACUGAUGGCAUGAUCAGAAAACAUUCCCAUGUCAAAAUUGGCAGGUAUCAUCAGCAUCUGACAGAGCAGCUGGAGUUGGACCUGUCUCCUCUGGAGUACAUGAUGAAAUGUUACCCUGAGAUCAAGGAGAAAGAGGAGAUGAGAAAGAUCAUUGGCCGAUAUGGGCUGACUGGGAAACAGCAGGUGAGUCCCAUCAGGAACCUGUCUGACGGGCAGAAAUGUCGUGUUUGUUUUGCCUGGCUGGCCUGGCAAAAUCCUCACAUGCUUUUCCUCGACGAGCCGACCAAUCACUUGGACAUCGAGACCAUCGACGCUCUGGCAGAUGCCAUCAAUGACUUUGAGGGUGGCAUGAUGUUGGUCAGUCACGAUUUCCGACUGAUACAGCAGGUGGCUCAGGAGAUUUGGGUCUGUGAGAAGCAGACCAUCACAAAGUGGAACAAGGACAUCUUAGCCUACAAAGAACAUUUGAAAUCCAAAAUCGACAAGCAGAUGCAUGAUGUAUAGAUACCAGACAACUGCUGAGAGCGUUUCACCAUUCUUCAAACCCACUGGUUACUGCCUUUUGAGGAAAUGUGCAUGCUACUCCAUGAGGCAUUAUACUGGAUGCUGCUGGCAGUAGU